AUGUCUUUGGCAUUCAGAACCCUAUCCUUUGGUAUCAAAAAAGGCCCUCCGCAAAAGAAGAAGCUCAAUAAUGAUUCUAAGGAAUUAUCCACAAUCACAGAAGACUCGUUUCGAAAAUUCGAUGAACUUCGAGAGAAAAUGAUAGGAAAAGUUGAAACGAAACAGAAGAAGAAAGUAGUUAAGAAAGUUUCGAAGCAAGCAUCCAUUCAAAUUCUAUCAUCAAGAAAACGUGGAUAUGAUUCGGAGAAUGAUUCUGAAAGUGAAGCGGAAGAAGCAGUUGGUGAUGUAGAGAAGAAAAUGCAGAAAUUGCUGGACGACAUCCGACGGACGAAUCGAAUUUUCACUUGGGGAUAUCAACUUCCGGACAUCUUUCUUCGUUUCAACGAUUCCAGUUUAUCACCAUCCUUAUUGACUCAUCUUAGUGAGAAUGAUAUCCGACAACCAUCACCAAUUCAGAUGCAGGCCAUUCCUUUUAUGAUGGGAAGAAAGAAUAUUCUUGCUAGUGCUCCAACCGGUUUGUGUCUCUCUGAGAGGGCAACUGUUUCAUUUUUUAAUUUUGAAGGAUCUGGAAAGACAUUAGCGUUUGCUCUCCCAGUAAUUGAUGAGAUUUUGGGUUUGAAGCGACGUGCAGAUUAUUCAAAAUCCUCAAAACUUCUCGCUAUUGUUUUGGAACCUACAAGAGAACUCGCAGCACAGACAUAUACCGAGUUUGUUAAGUAUUGUUCCGGAACUUCCAUCUCUGUUGCUAAUUUCAGUGGAGAAGAAACAGAUAUCACUCAUGCUGAUAUUCUAGUUUCCACCCCAAAUCGCAUUGUUUUUCAUCUUGACAAGAUCGAUACUUCUCUUUUGAGAUGGCUUGUGGUUGAUGAAUCAGAUCGCUUGUUCGAAGUCAUUGAAGGCCAAGAAAAGUGUUUCCGAAAUCAGUUGGGUGCCAUCUACAAAGCAUGCGACGCGAAAUGUACUCGUGUAGCAUUUUUCAGCGCCACAUUCUCCCAUGAAGUUGAGAAAUGGUGUAAAGACAAUAUCGAGAAUAUUGGAAUGGUUUGUGUUGGUGAAAGAAAUUCCUCCAACACAAGUGUAAAACAAGAGCUGACCUACUGUGGAACUGAGGAUGGAAAGAAGGUUGCAAUCCGGAAUUUGCUUCGAACUGCAUUUCGUCCACCGGCUUUGGUUUUUGUUCAAAGUAAAGAUCGAGCUGUACAAUUAGUGAAGUUGUUAUCUGCAAUCGAUUCGAAUCUCAAAGUUGAUUCGAUUAACAGUGGUAAAAGCGACAAAGAGAGAGAUGACACAAUGGAAAGAUUCCGUAACGGAGAAAUUUGGGUUCUUGUAUGUACAGAAUUGCUCGGCAGAGGUCUUGAUUUAUCCGAUGUUGGGCUUGUGAUUAAUUACGACUUGCCAACUUCUAUCAUCAGUUACAUUCACCGAGUUGGAAGAACUGGUCGAGCAGGAAAAACUGGACACGCUGUUACCUACUUCACCGAUACUGACAUGAAAUAUAUCAAGUCCAUCGCGACAGUAAUUCGCCAAUCUGGCUUUGACGUCCCUGAAUACUUGAUGGAGAUGAAGAAAGUUUCAAGAGACAGAAAAAAAGAAAUGCUGAAGCGAGCUCCGAAACGCCAAAAGAUUGCUACGGUUAUAGAGCAAGUCCGGAAACAGAAAAUGGCAAAGGCUGCAUAUGAGAAAAAAGAAAAACUCGAAGCAGGUAGCAGUUCUGUGAAAGUUUCAAAGUCAAAAAAGAAGAUGAGAAAGAUGACCAAGAGCAAAGUUUGA